GAGUCUAGUUGGAAACAUGGCGGACUAUUUGAGUUUUUGAGGUGUUUGACAAACAAAGUAGGAAACGGAAUGAAAAAAUCGAAACCACAGUCCAAGAGAGGGGUUCGAAAUCCUGAUCCUCAAAUAAUUUGCGAAGUACAAAGUGUGUUGCGCGGAAGAAUUUUCCAUGCCGAUGUACCUCCUCAACUGCAUGGCUUGGAAGAGCAAAAGAGGUUAGUUCUUGUACAUGCAAGGUUAAACGAAAAGGUUUUUCAUCCGCUGCGAGACCGGCAUCAAGCAUUUCUGUCUUUUUCUGAACAGGGAGUUACUAGAUCUUGUCCAAAGGUGCGCACAAUAUGGAGAAAGCAACUCUGUUUUACUGAUUGGUCCAAGAGGUAGUGGAAAGUCCCUGGUGAGUUCUCUUAACCCUUUAACUCCUAGAAGGGAUCAACUUGUAACUUCUCCCCACGACAGCCAUACAUUAUCCAGAAAACAGGUUAUAAGAAUACUCAAACUUAUCAGGUAGAAGUUUUCAUCUUGAUCUUACUUCAAAUUCUCAUUACUAAUUAACAAGGAAAUGUAAGGUAGCCAGAGGGGAAAAUUAACUAUCAGAUUUUGGUUGUAAAUGGAUUAUUGAUAACCGCUAUUUUGUUUUCUUGCAGCUGGUGAAAAGAAUCCUUGAAGAAUUAUCUAAAACAAAAGGAGUGAAGCAGAACCUAUUAGAAGUGCAUUUAAAUGGUAAUUAAGCACCCACAGUGCAAAGUUCAUAUAGACUGACACUGGUUGGUAGAUAGCUCUCUGUUUCGUGCUCCCUGGGGUUCUUCAAUAGAGUUUACUUUUGGAAGUAAGAUGCAAGAUUGUAGAAAUUAUAUUCAGUUUUAUAAAAGAACAAGCAAUUAUACUAAAGAAUAAAGGGGAUAAGUUUCUAAAGAAACUGUGGUGCUGCAUUGGAGGGAGAGUAUAACAGGUAAUUUAGUGUUAACAACUGAGUUGAAAACGUAAAUUAGUCAGUGUAAAGGGUAAAAAAACUGACGUUUUGAGUGUUAGCCCUUUGCUCUGACAAAGGGCUAACACUCAAAAUGUCAGCUUUUUUAACCUUUACCAUGGCUAAUUUAUGUUUUCAACUCAGUUGUUAACACUAAAUUAACAAUUGUACUAAAAUUUUGGAUUGUUAUUUAUAAGAUGCAAAUUAGGAUGUGAUGCAUUUUUCAGCAAUUCUGUAUAUCUCCUCAUAACCAACUAGUGUUUCAACUGUAUGGAAAAAUUUUGCAUGUAUUUUUUUCUUCUUCUCCUCUGUCACAGCCAAACUCUAUUAAGGGUGAGACUUUUGAUAAAUAAUCUCAAAAACUGUAUUUUUUGCUGGUAGGUCUUGUUCAAACAGAUGACAGAUCAGCUUUAUUAGAAAUAACAAGACAACUACAAUUGGAGAACACAGUUGGAGACAAAGUCUUUGUAAGUAAGCUUAUUGAAUUAACCCCCUGUUACUGAAAUUUGUAAUAAUGCAGCAAUCAAUUUGAAGCUUCAAUGUCCUCCCCCCCCCUUCUUCCAGCCAACCACUUCGCAUUUGAACUUUUAAAGAUUAAUUUGUUCAGAUUCUGCCCCUGCUCCCACCACCCCUGGGGCCAAAAUUGUGUUUAAAUGCCCUGCUCAAAUGCCUGUUUUGAUCACCAAUAUUUUUGUUUUGUAAGAGGCAAGGGUAGUGAUUAUGACUCUCUUGUAAUCUUUGCUUUUAACUCCUCUACAUCAAAAGACAAAACACAUUUGUUCCACUGGAGAGACUAAACAGUUCUGGUUCAAUUUUCCCACCCCACCCAGGCAAGGCUCAUAUUCUUCAGGGACCAGGGGGGAGGGUGUGUUGGAGCUAAAAGUUGAUCAGUAUAUAUUAGCUUACAAUUAUGGCUUUUGGUUUCAGGGCUCUUUUGCUGAAAACUUUGCUUUCUUGCUGGAUUCACUGAAGAGUGGUAAGUUUUUUUUAUUGCUUUUUACAAAAUAAAAAUUAUAUGCCUGAGAAUUUUUAUGGUUACAUUAAUUAAUUUCUCAGAAAUGAACAUUUUGUCCAUAUUAUUGUAUAGCACACUACUUAUUAUCAUGGUUUUAUUUAAUGUAUCCAUUUUACAUAAUUUCAGGUCUUGCUUUUCUAUGGCUAGCAGUUUUAAGUACAGAACUCUCUAGUUGAUUUGCCACCUAGAGUGAUAUUUUUGAGCACUUAGUUGUCUACAGUGACACUGUGAGCAUUACCUCCCUGUGAGGGGCUCUUGGAACAUACUCCCUCAGAAAAUAGUGGGAAAAUGAAGUAGCUUAAACAUGUAUACCCCCCUCAUAUACACUUUUUUUUUUAUCCAGGUGGAGAGGAGAGCCAGUCAAUCCUGUUUAUACUGGACGAGUUUGACCUGUUUACAAACCACAAGAACCAGUCCUUGCUGUACAAUUUAUUUGAUGUGUCACAGUCAGCCCAGACUCCAAUAUGUGUUAUAGGACUUACAUGCAGACUGGUAAUAUAAUCACAAAAUUGUGUAUCCAGCAAAGCCAUGCUAUACUUAAAGGCUUUGAUAUGUUUUAUAGGAUGUAUUUGCAGACUGGUAAUGAAAUGACAACAUGAUUCUUAUCAGUCAAUCAGGACAUGUACAUGACCAUUUGGGCUAUUAGUGUUCAUACUGAGGCACAAGAACAUGAUCAAGCUCUAAUCUUAAUUUGUUUCUCAUGCGAUUUGUAGUUUUUGAUUCCUUACUUCUGUUUUUUUCCUCAGGAUGUUGUAGAGCUGCUGGAAAAGAGAGUGAAAUCAAGGUUUUCCCAUCGCCAGAUUCAUCUUUUCAUGUCAGAGACCUUUGAAGAUUAUUUGCAAGUAACAAGGUGAGGUCUGAUUUUUUUUGUUCUAAUAGUGGUGUCUAGAGCAGUUACUUUUCAAACAAAAUGAUUUAUUUACUAGAAAAGUAAAGGCAAGUGAUAAAUUGUUAUAUCUUUAUUUAUUUGUAAUCAUUCACCAUUUAUAGGUGCUAACAAUUGAGAGAAAAAUCUUCUGUGUUAAUUUAAUAGUUAACCUUUUGACCCCUAAGAGUGAGGAGCAUCUAGUUUCUCCUCACAAUAUCACCCUGGAAUCACACACUAAUGUCAUGAGAAUAGGGGAAAUGAUCACCUACCAAGGAAGCUCUUGAUUGUUAAACAAAUUCUUGUUGUCAGCACUCAAGGAAAUUUAUUGAGAAAAUUAUAGAGAAUAUUCUAGCUGAUGUUAUGCCCAAUUUUUUAAGGUGGCUGGUUACAGUUUGGCUAAGCUGUGACAAGCAAUAUUUAGCAAACUUGUGAACCAACUCUCCCCUUUUGCGGUCAAAGGAUUUCACACCUGGGUUGACAAAAGGAUGGAAGUUCACAAUAGUGGGUGCAGCAUGGUAAUAGUUAUUAAUAUGCUCAUGUUAUGGGAAAACCCCAUUAAACAGUUUUUGUAAAUGCUCUUGAAAAUCCUUAUAAUAGAUAUUUUUUUAACCUCAAGAUUUUCAUUUUUGCGGUAGGGCCACCCUGUUAAGCAAAUUUCAAUAAAUUUGGAAAACUGUAUCCAGCCACCUUUAAUGUCAAUGACACUCCCGGGCAUAAUGUUCAAACUGUCCUUACACAAUUAGGUUGGUGAUAGCCAAUCACUUUGAAGAAUUUUGUUAUCACCAGUGAUAAUAGUUUUAAUUUGUAGCGGUGGACCCACACUUUACAGGAUAUUAAUUGAAAACCCUGCAUGACCUUUUACAUCUUUUGCCUCAGAACAGUUUUGGCAUUACCCUCAAAUUUCAAGGAUAGGCAAUUUGUGCAAGCCUGGAAUUCCCACAUUGAGGUACAGAAAGACUCUUAAUUACAGUGCAAGCCCUUGUAAGCAGACACUCCACAAUGAAGGUGUUAGUAAGUGGCUGGGGUGUAGGCUUCCUAUAGCAUUAAAUUUUGUUCCUGUAAGAGGUACAAGUGAUAGAUAGGCAUCACAAUGAACACUGGAUGUGUAGAAAGAAAGAUUUUUUUCUUUUUGCCACAAGGGUGAGAUAUAGAGAAACUCUGAGUCUUUAUGAGACUACAUAUUAAGAUUAUAGCAAUUGUCCAACUAGUCCACUUUGGGCUGAUUUGUCGGCAUGGAGAUGAGCAUCCAAUUUUUCAUUACAUUUUCUGGUGACUGUCAUCCUUAGGAGCUGUUAGAUAAUGAAGAAGCUAAAGCUGUAUUGAUGAGACAAUUCAGCAUAGCAAAAGAUGUACGGAACUUGCAUCGUUUACUGGUGAGUUGAAUAUUACUGAUACUUUUAAAUGCUGAUUGCUAUGCACAUUCUCAUAAGCUGCAAGAGCAAGUUAUGAAGAUACUACAAAUCUUCAAAAUAGCACUUAAGGUGCUCAUUUUAAAUUAACCCUUUCACCCUGAGGAGUGACCAGAAAGGAAUUUCUCUAUACAACAUUAAGCAUUUGACCCCUUCAAGGGAUCACCAUCAAUUCUAAUUUCUCUUCAUAAUAUCACCCUUGAAUCAAACAGAAAGGUCAGGAGAAUAAAGGAAAUGACCACCAACUAAAGAAGCUCUUGAUUGUUUGAGAAAUUCUUUAAGCACUUUAAGAAAAGCCUAGAGAACAGUAUGGAGAAUUUGCAAACUGAUUUUAGGGUUUAAACAGUUAAUACAUUUUCAGUGAGAAAGGUUUGGAGAAGAAAGAAAAUUACCAACUGAGUGAUUUCAUUUGACUUCCACUAAAUUCUCACAGCUAAGAUUGUCAUAAAAGUAUAUUGGAAUGUGUGGAGAAUUGAUAUUUGAAUAUUAGGAGUGAAAGGGUUAAGAUGGCAACAGUUUUUGAAGGGCAGGACUUAUUAUUAUAAACUGUGGCAAAAUAUAAUUAUUUAUUUGCCAUAUAAUGACUUGGCAUGUACAAUUUUUAUACAAGGCUGACUCUUAAAGUUUUCUUGACAACACAAUUGAGUCGUAAUUAUUUUUCCAAAGCUAACAUGAUCGCAUACUGAAAAAAAAAUAAGUUCAUGUAUAAAUGUGCAAAUUGAGGGAGGUGUUAAAGUAAGGAUUUUACAGUAUGAGUUGUUGAAAAUACAGUUACCCUGACUCAUAAUAUAUAUUUUAUGCUCUAGACUGUUCCGGUUUGCAGUAUUUCUGAAGAUCAUCCAUUUAUAGAACCAAAGGACUUGAUGGAUGCACAAACCAAACUUGGAAUUGACUGCAAGGCAACAAUGUUGUGUGGUAAACUACCUAUAGAGUUUUAUCCUGCUUUCAAGAAACUGCAAAUAUUUAUAUUAGUUAUAGAUUUCACAAUAUGAAGUGCUGUCCACUGGUUUUAGAAUGAGUCAGCCUAAUAGUCUUCAAGAUAAAAUCAUCAGUGCUCCAAUUCACAAUUAGAAUCCAUGGUGCUGUGCAUCUGUUCAAUAACAGAUCACAGAAGACAUCAAAAUGUGGUAAGAAGUGGCACAGACAGCACAGCUUAGUGUGUUCCUACUGCAUUUUGAUAUCAUCUGUGAUCUAUAACUAAACAGACACAGGGCAACAUGCAAUCUAUUUGUUUUAUCCAAUAACAAAGCAAAGUUUGAAAAUAGUGACUCUUCUGUGCCCCUGUACUCCUGGUCAUAAGGAAGAACCAAUCAAAAGGAGUGUACAAUUCAGCUUUUUAUGCGAAUCUCUAUGAUCAAUCUUUCUAGCUGAGUCUUGUUUCACAUGCUACAGAACCAGAAAUUGGUAUUUUUGUGCCAAAGUUUACAUCCUCUUGAAAUUUUUAAUGGGAAGAAUAUCAUGCCUUGAAGACAACAUAAAAUAGGAGUAUAUUUAAUAAAAUGAAUAAAUUUGCAUUUAUUGUUAAUCUUUUGUAGGAAUUUCUGUGCUGGAGUUAUGUCUUAUCAUUGCUAUGAAGCAUUUGAUCACGUUAUCAGAAGGAGAUUCUUUUAACUUUGAGAUGGUUUACAAAGGUAUUUUAGAAUCAUCAUUAGCUUUAUCAUUGCUCAUCAUGCUUUGGGAAAUGUUCCUCCCCCCCUCCUUCCUUCAAACCCAAUUUCUAUCAAUUAAAAAUUAUGUAUAAAAUUAUGACACUGACUAUGUUUUGGGAUUCUAAAAAUUAUCCUUCCCUUUGGAAAACUGUUUGUAACUGCUCUAAAACUUUGACCAAGGACACUGCCAAUUUGAAUCUUGCCAUGGCAAGUAAUUCAGCUUUCUACCCUCUCUUUUUGCAUCAGUUCAUCAGUCAAGGUAUUCAAUUAAUUAGGUUCCUUGUUUAUUUGCAGAAUAUCAAAAGUUUGCUCAAAAGAAAGGAUUUGCAAUUCAAUCUUUUGAAAAACCUGUUGUUCUAAAGGUUUGUGUUAUCUAUCAGCAAUAAACCUACUACAAAAGUAAAAUCCCACAUCAAAAUGCCACAUCAUCAGUUUUGGUAGUCAAAGUAUGAGAAACAUUGACAUAUAUACAAUGUUAUGUUAUGUUAUGCAAGAUUUAAACUUGAACUUUAUCUCCAGUGACCAUUUUAGGAUUUGAAGUUUCCAAAUGGGAGUUUAAAGAGAUUUAUUGUUGCACCUGUACAUGUAUAUCAGCUGAUUCACCAGUUUCCUGUGUUUUAGGCAUUUGAACAUUUAACAGCAUUGGAGUUUGUGAAGUCAAUUGACAGUAUUGCAAAAAACACCCCUAAAGAAUACAGACUUGUCACUUUGCUAGUUGAUCCAACACAGAUAAAUGAUGCACUACAGAGAUAUCCUGACUGUCCAACAGAAGUCAAACAGUGGGCUACAAGUGCCAUUGUAUGA